AUGGCAGAACAGAGCGCGGAGAAGAAGCUUCGCCAGGAGGUUCGGGUGGAGAGGGGCAAGAUCGAAGCUUGCUCCCACCGCGUGGCCAAUGAGCGGCUGCAGGAGGCUGAGGAAGCCGUUGAUGUAAUGUGCAUGAGAAUCCAGGAGCUCAAGUCCGAUGCCACUGAACGGCAGGCGCGGAUGAGUCGGGAGCACACCAGCGAGGCCGACAGCCUCCAGAACGAUCCGAAAGUGUGUCAGCACUGGAGCGCGCCUGCGAGGAUGAGUUCUGCUGAAUGGAAUGUGUUCGAUGUCCGACUGGAGAGCACACAUGCUGUUUGCAUCCUGGCUGCAUUCCUCGACUGUGCCGUGACGCAGGAGAUGAAGGCAGAGGUAGCAAGCGCACGGGUGCCAAGCACCUUCAGCAUAUUCAGCGAACUGCCUCUGAUGCGAAAGGCUGUGGAGGAAGCGGAAGCAGCCAAGCGGGAGGCGAGGAUGCAGAUGUCGUCUGUUAGCCGGAUACCCAUCACGGUAAAGCAACACUUUGGCGAGCGUGCACUCUGCACUCAUUCAUCCAUGGUCAUGCAAAUCAGCAAGAUGCUUUCCCUCACAAUGCUUCUGGGAUGCUUCGGUGCUGUCCAGGCCGAGAGCCAAGUGGGCCAAGACCCGAGGAUGAUGCGAUAUGAAGCCCGCGUCGAUGCAAAUGGGGAAGCCCAAGACUUUGUACCUGUUCCAGACCAUUCCGCCCAUCAUCGGGUGCGGAAUCAAGCCGCCCUGCUUGCAGGUGACCAGACACCUCCAGCACCGGCCGCACCAGCAACCACCACACUGUUCCCGCAGAAUCCCAAAGGACCCCUUGCCAUCGACGACAAUGCAUGGACGCUGCUCUUCAAAGCGAAGCUUGGCGCGCUGUUCCCCGUGCUCAUCCUCUUUAUGCUGACCUUCUGUUUGCUCGCCCUGUCCAGCUGCAUGUUUUUCAAAGCCAAGAAAGCCGAGGGAGAUGAAGCAGAAGAGCUGAAAGCACAGGCAUGUGGACCAGAGGGAUUGGAAGAAGACCUCUAUGGACUGGCGAUUGCAUCCAUUGUGCGAGACACCCGAUCCUUCUGCAGGGGAUACUCCUCGGCUGGCUUGAUGAUUGCUCGGAUGGGAGUGUCGGUCAUGAUCUUGGUGCUGGUCCUGAUCUUGCAGAUCUACCUCAUGGCGGAGCUGAAGGCCUUGGUGACAUCGGUGGCCGUGAAUCAGAUCCGCAGCGUCUACGAUCGCUACGAGAUCAUCAUGUACGGAAACGACACAGCCCGCAUGGCGCGCACCGCGAAUGGCUUUCACCGUGGAAGGGAGCCGUACUUCGAUCCGCAGAACUUUGAAAAAUUGGAUGAGGAGGACAAGGAGCAAGUGUGCCAGAUCCCACUGUCGCAGCCGACCUUCUUCAUGACUCUACUGACGAUCUGGACUUUCACUGUUGUGGCCGAUAUCCGCAAAGCAAUCGAUACGUGGGUGCGGAUUGUCCGUAUCACACCGACUAUCGACUCCAUGAAGGACUCCAUGGAGCAAGCCGAGGGUUCCGAUGAGGAGUUUGUCAUCAUCGGCUUGACGGCUCCUGUCAAGAUCACCCUGUCGAUUGUUCUCUUCCUUCCGCGCCUCGUGGUGGAUAUCUACCUGCUGUGGUUGGGUUGCCGCUGGCUAACUGCGACGCCGAGCUUUGAAGACGUCAUUCUCAAUGCUGUUGCCUUGGAGUUCAUCCUUGUGUUGAACAACGUCAUUUUCAGCACGGUGGUGCCUUUGCAGAGUGUCGUGGUAACCCUUCAAUCGACAGCUUCACGGGAACUCCACGCAAGCAUCAAUGGGCACAUUGGUGUUGCGGCUGUUUGUGGUUCAAAGCAAGUGCAGAGUGGGUGGGGUCCGUUUGCUUCCUUCCGAGCUGCUGAGACAGAAGUCUAUUUCCUGAAGCCGAUGGCACCCGGCGCGCAGACUGAGAUCGUGGAUGUCGUGGCCGCAAAGCAGGAAGGCCCUCAGCCGGACUUGGCUGAAGGUCAAGGCACAGCACCGAAGGAUGGUAUCGACCUGGAGAUGUCCCGCAGCGAGGCAACAGAGGAUCUGGGAAAGCCAGCAGAGCAGCCCCCUGUCCGGCUGAUGUGCCUGGUCAUGCUGAGCAUGUUCCAGGGCUACGCCUCCAUGGUGGGCCCGCUGCAGUCGGCCUACAAGCACAAACUGGGAAUCAGUACGGAUGGAACCGCAGCAGCGCAUGCUUUCACCCAGGCAGCUGUAGGCGUCCACUAUGGCAAGUUGAUCGCUCGCUUGGGUCACAACGUCAUUUUUGCAUGCCUCAGCCCGUGGACUCGGGUGGUGAUUGCGAUGUGCUUCAUGUUUCUGGGAGUGACAAUCCCGACUUUCCUAGUCUUCACAUUGGGCUGGGACUGGGUAGGUUCCGUGUUCAUUGCUUACAUGCUCUCCGGCCUAGGGCUCGGAAUUUUUGAGGUGACCUUCCUUAGUGUCAUCACGCCUUUGGGAAGGGCCACAAAGGCAUGGGCCAUUGUAGGCUGCCCGAUGGGUUUCGCAACCAUCAAUAUCCUCGGCCUUACGGCAAGCUCCUUCGGGGUUGAAAUGGUGUACAUCUUCUACUACAUCCUGGCCUGCCUGCCGAUUGGCAUGGCCCUCUUCUGCCGCCUGGCACCUCGUGGCAGCACCGAGCUUAAGACGGCCAACUUCAGCGCAUCCCUGUUGCAGGCCAGGCGAUGGAUGCCAGGCAUGAUUCCUUUCUUUGCGGCGCAGUUCCUGAGCCACUUCGCCAUGGAGAAUUGGCCAGCCAUCUUCUACAUGUUCCAUCCUCCCAUGGUGCCUCUCUUUGAUCCUCAUAGUGAGCAGCACCUCAUGAAAUGGGGCCAGUUCUUCGCUGUCACUUAUGUUUUCAUCUUCCUGGGUGAUUCCAUUAGCCGCCGCAUCGCCAUCUACAUGUCCACUCCCAGCCUGCGCCGGCGCCUGGCGUACUUGGGAGUGGCGAUGGCCUUGAUCGGCAUAGGUUUGUACCUGGAGUCCCUCGCAAUUGCCAUUGUCAUCCCCGUGGCGAUCUUCCUUGUGUUCUGGGGAAAUGGUACCAUCUAUGGUCUGACAGCCAACCACGUGGACAAGCACAUUCCAAGUGAGCACAACUUGGCGUCAUACUCUUUCUGGUGCUUCGUCGGUGACUUGGGCGCUAUUCUGGGAGGAAUUCUGGUGGACAACACACAUGAGGUGCAACCGACGGCCAAGAGCGUGCUGGCAGCUUUCGCAUGGGGAAUUGGAUCUAUGAUUUGGGUCCUGCUGUACAUGUACUUGCUGCAGGCCGUCUUGCCCCAGUAUCGUUGGGAUGCCCGGCGCUGA